AUGGAGAUCCCCAGGACCUUCCUGCUCGGCCUCCUCGGAAUCGGGCUCUACCUGACAGGCUCCCAGGCCCUACAGUGCUACAGCUUCGAGCACACCUACUUCGGACCGUUCGACCUCAGUGCCAUGACAUUCCCCAGUGUCUCCUGUCCUCAGGGGUGCUCUGAGGCGAUGCUGUUGCUGGAUACUGGGUACCGCUCCCUGGUGACAAUCGUCAGGAAGGGAUGCUGGACCGGCCCCACCACUGGCCCCAUGCAGUCCAACCAGGACGCGCUGCCGCCCGACUAUGCGGUGGUCCGUGGCUGCGCAACGGACUUCUGCAACACCCAACUCAAGAACCACGAUACCCUCCCCAACCUGAGUCAAGCACCUGACCCACCGACGCUCAGUGGCACCGAGUGCUAUGCCUGCUUGGGGACCCGCCCUGAAGACUGUUCCACUGAGAGGUCCCGACGGGUUCAGUGCCACCAGGACCAGAGCGUCUGUUUCCAGGGCAAUGGCCGGAUGAACAUUGGCAACUUCUCUGUGCCCGUGUACAUCCGAACCUGCCACCGGCCCUCCUGCACCACCAUGGGCACCACCAGCCCCUGGACAUCCAUCGACCUGCAGGGCUACUGCUGCGAGGGCCACCUCUGCAACAGGGACUCGGUGACACAGACCAUCCCUGGCAUCGCGUCCCCAGCCCCUCCCCAGGCUCCCAGAAUCCUGAUCUUGCUGUUUGUUGCUCCACUACUGGCCAUCGCUCUGGGGGGGUCUCUUGGGCUCCCCGCAUAG